AUGUGACUUCCCUGCAAAAAACAGCAAGGGGUUAACCCGCCGGUGCUUCCUGCUGCUCAGACAGCUCGUCCUGUCACCGGCCGCUGCAGCCAUCAUACACCUGAGCCGGGGGCGGGGCCAUGAUCCCGGGCCGUCCAGCUCUCCUUCAUUCCUGACAUUCCCUUUUGAUGACGUCACUGCGGGCUAACGAACAAACCGCAUCACAGCCCAGCUGUCAAUCAUGGCCAGACCUGUCAAUCAUACGCCGAACUGUCCAUCAUCUCCCGGCGCUUAGAUGAGCCCCGCCCCCCUUCCCGCAUCUUCCUAUCCCCGCAUUCCUGCACGCUCCUCCUCCAGCGCCGCCGCAUCCUUCUGCUUCCUAACCUGUGUCCCUACCUAUCUCCCCGCCAGGAAGGAAGGGAGGGGGAGGAGGAAGCAGCGGGAGGAGAGGCCUGUCCUGCGGAUCUGCAGCCAUUUCGUGCUUGGACUUCCCAACCCGAUCCCUGAAGCGGAGUUCGGGAGGCUGAGGGCGGGGGUGCGGGGGAUACAGCCCACACUCCGGGCUCCCCCGGCUGGCAUCGGCUGCAACCAUGAUGCCGACUAUAUUAACAGUGUUUCUUAGCAACAAUGAACAAAUAUUAACCGAAGUCCCGAUAACUCCCGAGACAACGUGCCGAGAUGUGGUGGAGUUCUGCAAAGAGCCUGGAGAAGGCGCGUGCCACCUAGCAGAAGUGUGGCGUGGCAAUGAACGAGCUUUACCCUUUGAUCAUCUGAUGUUCGAGCACUUGCAGAAAUGGGGUCCUCGGAGGGAAGAAGUGAAGUUCUUUCUACGCCAUGAGGAAUUCCCAGUGGAAAGCAAUGAACAGGCUGCACGUCAAGCUCCUAAUCAGAGGAAUGGGCUCACCGGAGAGAAACGUCUCGAGAAUGGGGUGGGCAACCCAAGAGUGGAGCUGACCCUUUCAGAGCUGCAGGACAUGGCCAGUCGUCAACAGCAGCAAAUUGAGAACCAGCAACAGAUGUUGGUGGCGAAGGAACAGCGCCUGCGCUAUCUGAAGCAACAAGAGCGACGUCAGCUGCAGACCGUGUCUGAGACGGAAAAACUUCAGAAGCUAAAAGAGCGAGUGGAGACGCAGGAGAACAAACUCAAGAAGAUCCGAGCCAUGAGAGGCCAAGUGGACUACAGCAAAGUCAUGAAUGGAAAUUUGUCUACAGAAAUCGAGCACAUCAGUGACAUGUUUCAGGAGAAGCAGCAAGAGUUACAGGCGGCCGUGCUGAAGGUGGAGCAGCUGACACAGCAGCUUGAGGACCUACGCAAAGGAAAGCUAAAUGGUUUCCAAGCUUACGGACAAAUGACAGGUCCUGCUGCACUGGAACUGAAGAAACUUUAUCAAGAGCUGCAGAUCAGAAAUCGUCUCAACCAGGAGCAAAACACAAAGCUCCUGCAGCAGAAGGAGCUGCUGAACAAGCGGAACAUGGAGGUGGCCAUUAUGGACAAGCGGAUCAACGAGCUGCGCGAGCGCCUGUACAAGAAAAAAGUUGAGGCACGUCAAAAAGAAAACAUUCCCUUGAAUCGCAUCAAUGGAACUCCAUCUUCACAGUCCACGCUAACGGCAUCAGGGCGAGUAGCGGCAGUGGGGCCAUACAUCCAAAUACCAAGCACAGUGAACUACCCGCUGCCAGCUGAUCCAGUCAAACCUCAGUCCCUGUCUCUUUCUGCUAGUGGCACGCAGCCUCGCUCCAAGUCUGAGGGAGAUAAUGAGUAUGUGAAAAAAUCUCCAGGUCCCUGGAAGGUUUCAGAUUUAGACAUUCUGGUGGAUCCUGUGCGGUCAUCUUCCACCUCCUGUCUCCAGUCUUCUGACCACAAUGUCUUCCAUCAGGCUCCUGGCCUCUCUGACACCCUGCACAGUAAUGACACAAGCUGGCCGACACUGAAACAAAGCACAAUAUCGGUGGUGAAGACUCCUCCGCUCAGCACCACCGACUGGAAUGAAUCUGGUAUGGAGCCCGGCUUCAAGACUGCACCUAUAUCCAGCCAGCCCCUACCUUCUGCUACUGUAGGACCCACUGAGAAGUUGUCUGGUGAUGCUGGGAAGCUCCCCUCUCCAAUGCCCGGGUUGAGUAAAUCUCUGCCCCAUAAUUAUGGCAUGUACCAGGGUCCUCUUCCAUUGAGCGCUACAAAUUCUUUGGAAAGGAGGAAAGAUGGAAGUUUGCCAAGACCUGGGUCUGGAUCCACCACCCGCACGCGGCCCCUUCCACUACCAGCAACCAACAUCCACCCUCCGGGUUCCUCACAGCAAAUACAACAAAGAAUCUCUGUGCCCCCAAGCCCUACCUACCCGCCAUCCACGUCGCCUUUAUUUCCUGGAACAGACGCUAGACCCGACCCUCCUCUAACUGUGGCCAUACGACCUUUUCUGGCCGAGAAAGGAUCAAGGCCUCAGUCUCCAAGAAAAGGGCCACAAACCGUGAACUCCAGCUCUAUUUAUUCAAUGUAUCUUCAACAAUCAACUCCACCAAAGAACUAUCAGCAAGCUGUAUAUAACACCUUGAACAAAUCUGUCAAAGCAGUGUAUGGAAAACCAGUUGUCCAGUCCAGCUCAUCCAACUCUUCACCCCUACCUUUUCUACAUUCUGGACCUGCUCCUAAUUCUGACAAAGAAGGAGAGGCCGUUCCUGCUACAGCUGAAAACACUGGUGUGGAAAACAUACCCCGUCCCCUGAGCCCCACCAAAUUGACCCCUAUAGUGCAUUCACCUAUGAGAUAUCAAAGUGAUGCAGACUUAGAAGCCCUCCGGAGGAAACUUGCCAAUGCUCCAAGACCAUUGAAAAAACGUAGUUCCAUAACUGAGCCCGAAGGUCCCAGUGGACCAAACAUCCAGAAGCUACUCUAUCAGCGCUUCAAUACUUUGGCUGGAGGAAUGGAGGGGAGCGCACCUUUCUACCAACAGUGCAAUUCCCAGGACUUUGUCAUAUUGGCCGAUGUGGACAAUGGUAAUACUGGCACUAAUGGCAACAUGGAAGAGGCAAGUUCUCUGCAGACAGCCCCUGUCCCAUCUACCCCUCCUCUUCCCCAACCUCCACCACCACCACAACAACCACCAGAACCACAAGUCUCUGCAGACGAUAAUGACAAUAAGGUUUGUUCACCCAUCACAGAAGAACCUAGCAGUGAGAUUAUAAACCAGAUCUCAGAAACAACAGAAGACAACAAUAAUAAUAAUCCAGCUAUAGUACCUUCCGUGGAAAAGACGCCUAGCCCUGUACUUGAAGUGGCAUCUCCGGUGAAAGAGGAAGUCCCUUCACCACCCAGUGCCCCUUCACAGUCUACUGCUGUAAGUAGUCAUGUGAAACGCACUAAUCUGAAGAAACCAAACUCUGAGAGGACCGGACAUGGACUCCGGGUGAAGUUCAACCCUCUGGCUCUUCUGCUCGAUGCAUCUCUAGAAGGAGAGUUUGACCUAGUUCAGAGGAUUAUAUAUGAGGUGGAGGAUCCCAGCAAACCCAAUGAUGAAGGAAUCACACCCCUACAUAACGCUGUGUGCGCCGGGCACCACCACAUCGUGAAGUUCUUGUUGGACUUCGGUGUGAAUGUGAAUGCAGCCGACAGUGAUGGGUGGACUCCACUGCACUGUGCAGCAUCUUGUAACAGCGUCCACCUCUGCAAGAUGCUGGUAGAAUGUGGGGCAGCCAUCUUUGCUACCACGAUCAGUGAUAUUGAGACUGCUGCAGACAAAUGUGAAGAGAUGGAAGAGGGAUAUAUUCAGUGUUCUCAAUUCCUUUAUGGUGUUCAGGAGAAGCUGGGCGUCAUGAAUAAAGGUCUGGUGUACGGCCUGUGGGAUUACGAAGCACAGAACGCUGAUGAACUGUCAUUUCGAGAAGGAGACGCCAUCACGAUCCUUAGGCGCAAAGAUGAUGCAGAGACGGACUGGUGGUGGGCACGUCUGAAUGACAAGGAAGGAUAUGUGCCUAAGAACCUGUUGGGGCUGUACCCCCGUAUAAAGCCCAGGCAGAGAACUCUAGCUUGAGUGGUACAGAACCCAUCCCACGUUCAUACUGGAAACUGCAGAUCUUGUGCUGGAAACAUUUCAUCAGGACGCAGCUGCUCUUAUUCGGAGGACGACAUUUCACGUUCAGUACAUCUCGCAUUAGAAAACUGAGGGAAGAUGAAGUAACUUGUCCCAAGUUGUAUUAUAAACCCUCAACACCCCCCCCCCCCCCCCCCCCCCAAUGGCAAGUGUUUGCAAAUGUUACAGUGAUGAUGCCAUAGGACAUCUGCCAGGACCGUGUCGCCAUGCUCUAGCACAGAUUUGCUGUUCUUCGGUACCACAGAGAUGUCUCCGGUGUAAAUAAGAAGUUUUAGCUUCACACAUUUCUCUCCUUCGUCCUGCUUUUCGCCAAUGUUUUAGUGCCUGUGCUUAAAGUACCGGGUGGACCCCUUGUAUCUCACCCCAUGUUGGGUACUACACCUCCAGCACUUCACUAGAGUCACUUGCCUUUUGAUCUUCAUUUCCAGUAGGGGGGGGGGGGGGGGGGGGGUCUUUUUAUUUGCCAAUCAAGAGUGCCCAAUUUUUGUUUUUUUAUCCACUUUUAAACCCUGAGGAUAUUGAAGAGAGAGGAUCCGUAUGUAGAUGAAUGACUGCAGCAAGGAGGAGUGAGCGGGGAGGAGAGCAUGAAGAGCAAGUGUUAUAGAAGACAUAAGGGAUGUGUAUGGUGAGGUGGGGGUUCAGAGCGCCAUGAUUUCUAUGUUGAGGGGAAUUGUAAGUGGGGUAGGGGCAGAACACUAUUUGCACUUUGAGCCAUUUCUGCAUAAACGCCACUAGUCAUAACAGUACAUUGAAUGCCUGUCUUUUUACACGGUCAAUGCGCACUAGUUGGGAGGUGAUAUAGCGCCAUUAAUUCUAACCUACAAGCGUGGGCACCAUGUUUUUUUAUAUGCUGUGUUACUCUUUAGUGCCCAGGUCUACAGACAACUCAUUGCUCUAGUUAAAGGGGUACUCCGGUGAAAACCUUUUUUCUUUUAAAUCAACUGGUGGCAGAAAGUUAAACAUAUUUGUAAAUUACUUCUAUUAAAAAAUCUAUCUUUCUUUCUAAUCCUUCCAGUACUUAUUAGCUGCUGAAUGCUACAGAGGAAAUUCCUUUCUUUUUGGAACACUGAUGACCUCACGAGCACAGUGCUCUCUGCUGACAUCUCUGUCCAUUUUAGCAACCAUGUAUAGCAGAUGUAUGCUAAGGGCAGCAUGGUGGCUCAGUGGUUAGCACUGCUGCCUUGGUAGUGCUGAAGACUUAGGUUCAAAUCCCACUGAGGACAACAAUAAAUAGCGCAUUAUUAUUAUUAUAAUAACGUCAGCAGAGAGAACUGUGUUCGUGAUGUCAUCAGAGAGCAUUCCAAAAAGAAAAGAAUUUCCUCUGUAGUAUUCAGC